UUUUCAUGUCAUAUCUCGCUUGUGUUGUAGGGGCGACGCGCUUCUCAUUGCCGCCAUUUGAAAUAAACGGAAAGCAGUCGAAAAAUAAAAGUUGUUCUGUUGUUAAAUUAUUUAUUGCUCUACUUGUUAAAAGUUUGUGAACAGAAUGGACGACCUACUGGGCGUAAUGCAAACUGUGUCCAAACUCCAUACAGAAAUGGAAGCAAUACGCAAGACCCAUUUCGAGGAGUUGGACCAGUUGUUCUUUGGCAUAGCUUCCGCCAUGGCGGAGGUGAAAAUCACUGAAGUUGCAGCAGCAACAAAGCCCAGCAAUAACAGCAGCAACAGCUCUAUCACGCCGCAGCAGACGAAGAAGCGAGCCAAGCGUUUGACAUCUUUGGCCGAGGAUGAUGGCGAUGCACCCGCAGAUGUCCCCGAUAUCCAGGUCUCACAGCGACAGAGCGCUCGCUUGGGUAACGCCCAGCUACUGGCUGCAGCUGACGAGGAGCAGGAUGAAGAGGUAGUAAAUACCACAGGCACGCUGAUGCCACCACCGCCAGCGCCUGCGGCGAUUGCAGCUGAGACCAGCAUGAGCAGCGGACGGCCACAGCGAGCGGCCAAAUUACGCUCUGAGAAGAACCUCAAAGAGCCGCCCCUAAAUGUAAAACUCCGUCGACCCAGUAAUGAGGAAAUGGUCAAGAUUAAGCUAGAGAGUGAGCAGCGUGCAUCACAAAUGCAUACAAUAAAACUUCCAAACGUUCCCACAGAAGAAUCUGUGGCUGCUAAAGCACCAGCACCCGCUGCCGUCGGGUCAAAGGCAAAGGAUAACGAGUUAUCCACCACAAAUCUGCGUGUGAAGGUCAAGCGUGAGAAAAUGAGCAACGACAACGCGGAAGCUACAACAACUACGCUGGAAUCAACAAAAACUCUCACAAACGAAUCAACCAUACUUUCUACAACAACAACAACAGCGAACAGUACAACAACCACAAAGAAGGGCCGCAAAAAGAAGGAAACCCACAAGCCCAUCAAGGUGGAGCGCCUCAGCGAUCUGGAUAAGAAUUUGCCAAUCGCAUCGCGUACACGUCGUGGCAGCAACAACACGCGCAACUCCCAGGAGUCGCAAACAGCUGCUGCACCUCAAGCUUCCAUCUACGAAGAUGCUGUAGAGGAUGUGCCCACUGCUGCAGUGCCAACAACUGGUGUUGUAAUGAACGAGACUGUAACCUUGCCCAAUGCCACAUUCGAUGUCAAUAUGCCCACAUCGAAUGCCACAAUGUGUCUGGGCGACAAUCUGGCUGGCAAUGCCACGUUCCAAGUGGAAUCAGAAAAGGACAACUCGAUGAAGACGGCGCGCGAGGAGAACAGUUUGCCCGAUGGGGCGCAGGAUACGAGCUUGUUGACCGAGGACGAGUCGUUGCACGAGCCGGCCAAACCAAAAGUCCCUGAGCAGCCAAUACCCAAAUCCCUGAAAGGCAUCAAGCUGCCAGCGCGCACGCACGAGCUAUUCAAUCCCUUGAUGCAGAGCCCCGUGAAAAUGCGCGUGGAGGCCUUUGAGAAUGCUGCCCAAGCUCAAAGUAAUCUACGCUCCAAACGCAUCAAGGACGCUCUUUACCAGGGCGUGACUGGUUCGAGUACAACGCCAGUCAUUGGAAAAUUACAGGCUCCAACGCUUGGACGUUUCCUGACUCCUACACAGAGCUCAACCGCAAUUCUGACAAAUUCAGCGCAGCCCAAGAAGGCGCCAAUGAGUGCCUGCAAAGCUACAACCCUAUUGAAAACCGCGACGGGUACAAAUCUUAAGUCUGCCAAUUCGGGAUCCAACAAAACCUUAACGCGUGAGAACAGCGGUGAGGACUUCCGUAAGGGCUUGCACCAGCUGGCCGAGGAGCGUAAGAAGCAGCGGGAGCAGAAGCAUUUGCAGGCGGCACAGUUGCGCGAGGCUAAAGAACGUGAGCGGGCCGAGCGUAUGGCUAAGCUGGCCAAGGAGCGCGAGGAGAAGCGCCUGAAGAAACAGCAGGAGAAGCUGCUGGAGGAACGCAAACGCAUGGAAAUGGAGGAGCUGCAACGCAAGUUGAAUCAACAAGAGGAAGCCGAACGAUUGAAGAAAGCCAAGGCCAAGGAACAGGAACGCGAGAUGCUGGCGCAAAUGAAGCUGCAACAGCAGCUGCAGUCGGCCAAGGCCAAGAAAAUGAUGCCGCCACCACCGAAAUCGAAAUACACUUUCGAAAUGCUGCACGAGGAUGACUCCACCGAUGAUGAGGGCAAAGUCUCCUACAAGAGGCCACCGGUGCCCACCUGGAGUCGCUCUCACGUGCGUGGCGCAGGAAUGAUACUGCAAACCUUCUGCCCAACGGACAUCAUUGAUAGCUUCUUCUCGGUGGCGCCACAGACGCCAGAUCUGAAGAACAUCUUCCCCAACAUCGAUCCCAGUCACUUGAAGCGGAAUUCAAGUGUGCUCUGGUCCACGCCUCCACGCUACUCCGAGUUGCCCAAGUACUAGGCAAA